CUCGCUGACACGUAGGAAAACCGUCGAACGUAUAUCCAGCGCCCGCGCGCCACUUUAUAACUCGUCGGCGACCCCACGAACGCGUAAAGUUUCACGGUGGACCGCAACCGCCGGACCACACACGACUUGUACCGUAUUCUGGCCGACUUCGGGUUCGCGAAAUAUUAGUUUGGUACAUUUUCGCAGUUCUCGCAGUUUUUGGAAUUUUUUUCGUUUUUUUUUUGUUAGUACCUAGUAUUGUUUAUCUUCGGAUCUUUUAGAUCUUUUUUUUUUUUUUGCAAGUGAAUAACGACAGUCGCCCAGCCAGAAGACCAAGGCCUCACAACGAAUCUAUUACAUAUGCGUCGCGGGACUUGGAACAUCGAUCAGACUGACUGGUGACUGCAGAAUAACCGAUACUGUCUAGUAAAUUCCUGUGAAUCAAAAAUUGAGUCAAAUUUCUAACGGGAAGAUAAAAUGCAACCUCUGUAGGAGGUUUAACGGGCAGUGAUGCUGUUAUUCACAUUUAUUGUAUGUGCAAUAGCCGUCAACAAUGUUUCGUCGAAAAUAGGAUACUUUUGGCACAUCACCGACAUACACUAUGACGUGAAUUAUGUAGCCACCGCCGAUUACGCACAAAGUUGCAAGCGGUCGGCGGUCGAUCAGGAACUGUUGGUCAUGGAACGGCCCAGUCUGCCGUUCGGCGGCGGUAGACUGGGCGAUUACGGGUGCGACUCGCCGUGGACGCUGGUCCAGUCUGCUGUGAAAGCGAUGAAGGAGAAGCACGGGGACAACAUCGAAUUCGUGCUGUGGUCCGGAGACUCCGUGUCGUCGGACGUCGUUGAUCUGCCUACCCGCGUGAUGGCCAUCCAGAACGUCACUAACCUGCUCGUCCAAACGUUCAGCAGCCAGUUCGUGUUUCCGGUGCUUGGCCACGAUGACCCAGGGUCCUUGAAGAAUCAGUUGAUUGACUACACGGGUCUGGGACACUAUUGGCGGCAGUGGUUGCCCACGGACGCCAUACAGACGUUCAACAAAGGAGGUUACUACACGAUCGAGCAAAAAGGAAAUAAACUUAGGAUAAUCGCGCUCAAUUCAAAUGCAUUUUCGACGGUAGAAAGACAACGAAACGUCGCCAACCCUAUAGAACAGCUCGAAUGGUUGGAAAAAAUCUUAAUGAAAUCAGUAAUGAACAAAGAAACAGUGUACCUGGUGAGCCACAUGUGCCCGGGAGCCAACGAAAGAGACCAAGACGAGGCACCCACGUUCCAAGACGACUACAGCGCGAGCUACUUGGAAAUGAUCCGGAGGUUUGCGCACAUCAUUGUCGGACAGUUUUGCGGUCACCUGCACUCCGACACGUUCCGGAUCGUCUACGACCAACACAAAAAACCAGUGUCGUGGAUGAUGGUUGCACCAUCGUUGACGCCCAACAAGUCUCCCGGCGUGUCCAACAAUCCUGGCUUGAGACUGUACAAAUUCAACACGAAUUCGGGCCAAAUCAUAGACUACACGCAGUACUACAUCGAUCUGGAGUCAUCGCCCAACGGCGAUCCUGACGACUGGAGGAUCGAGUACAACCUGACUCACUACUACGGACUCCACGAAAUCACGGCCAGGUCUUUGCACGCUAUCGCCGAAACGUUCCAGGACGACGAGUCGGCGCAGUUCGACAGGUACAUAGAGGCCAACUCGGUGAGGCAGUUCAAACCCAAGGAUUGCAAUCUGGAGUGCAGACGAGCUCAGUAUUGCGCUGUCACCGAGCUCGACUACGGUCGGUUUCACAGUUGCGUGGAGACGGCCGCCGAGGCGCUUUCCGGGUCGGUCCGUCCGCGGGGCGACGAGGCUCUUUUGGCCGCCGCCGUCCUGCUGACCGCCGUGGCGCUGACCCGUCGCCGCCACCACUAGCCACCGACGACGCAAUCAACGUCUUUGGAGACGUCCUCUCGCGCAAACGCAUGUAGAAUGAUAUUAUAACGACGGUAAAUGUCGACUCGACGUUUUUCUCUAUCUCUUUCUCUCUCUAUCUCUCUCUCUCUCUGUCUCUCUCUCUCUCUCUCUCUCUCUCGUUCUAUCUUUGAACCAUCUAUCUCUCUCUCUCUCUCGCUCUCUCUCUCGGUGUCUCCUCUCUACAUGUCUCGAUUCUCGCGGGGUCGCGGAUCUCCGUGUGUAUAUAAUGUUUUUUUUAGAAAAAAACUCGCGUCGGACGUGUCACGACUUCUGUCAAAAUCGCGUCGCGGCGGUCUAUAAAAAAUAUAUAUACGUACACAAUACGACAAUGUUCCGUAUAUCUACCGCAUUACAAUAUAAUAUUCGCCCACAAACCCUCCCACUACCCUCCCCACCGAAGGCCGCAGACUUCAAACGCUCGUGUGUUCGAAAGCAGCGCGAGACAGCGGAACAAGAGCGAUUCCCCCCCCUCCCCUAUCACGAUGCCGAGUUUGAUUUAUUCCACGUCCGUAUCUGUCGGUUCUUACGUCUGCGGCGGGGACACCUCGACACGAAGAGGAGGGUUUAUUAUUUUUAUUUUAUUUUUUCCCCCCAUCGAACCCGCCGGUUUUUUUUCCUCUCCGCUAGACGUCUCGGAUCGUAUAUUUUACAGCCUCUGAUCGGCGCACUCCGAUAAUUUAUUAUUUUUACAUCCGUUAACGAGAAAAUAUGGUGCUCAUCCUGUACACGCAGCCAGCGCCUAUAUAAUAUAUACGUUUAUUAUAUGCGGUUCAGGGCGAUUUUCUUUUCCCACACCGAUCAAUCUGCUUGAGAUAUUUUACCCUGUCCGUUUAUUAUAGUCCAUAAUAAUAAUGUACUGCACAAUUUUCGUACUACGUUUUAUUUUCUAUUGCCUACGCCGUCGUUUGAAAAUAUUAGGAUUGCUGCGUGUAAUAUAUUAUAUUUGGAAACCAAUACGUCCUUUGACAUUGUGCGUGGAACACAAUAUUAAAACAAACCAAAUUUGCGUUGUUUGACGUUAUUAACAAUUAAUAAUAAUAUAUUGAAAUAUUACAUAUAUUUUUGAAAAGUCAUUACCAUAUAUUAUGUUACCAUUAUGAAAUAUCCGUCAUUUCGGGGUAAAAAAAAUAUUAAAUCGUCAUAAUAAUUUCUUAAAUGUAUCGUCGCGUAACGAAAACAUUCAAAUGCAGCUUUCGGUCGGUUGGAAAAUAAAAUAAACUAUUAUAAUAAUAAUAUUAACAACAAAACAUUUUAUUUAUCGAUAAUACGACAUAGAUCGAAUUCUAUAAAAAAUAAAUAAAUAAAUAAUGGCUAAUCUCACAAAAAAAUGUAUUGUUCAUUACAUAUAACGACAAUAUCUUAAUUUAGGAGAUGUUAUAACUAUAUUAUAUUAUGUAGAUUGAAAAAAUACAAAGCGAUUGCAACUGUCAAUCGAACCAUGUUUGCACGACCUUCGCCGAUAUUGGUAUAAAAAAUAUUAAUUAAUUUUGUACCAAAAGCUACCUAAAAAAAAAUGCAUAUUAAUUCAUCGACUACUUGCGUGUUUGAUAAUAUUGCAUUGCAAAGAUUGAUAUUCAUACUUUACAUUUAAAUUAGUUGACUUCAACUGAUUUCGGUAAAAUAAAUUCCCCCCUCUCCGGAAAUAUACAAUUUUCUCUGUGUAAAACUCUAGUUUCCGAAAACUCAACGAAUCCAAAACAAACAACGACCACGGAAUUGGUGAUAUAAAAUCAAACACAUCUUGUAAACACGACGUAUUUUGUACAUUAUUCUAACUGAGAGGUAUACAAAACUAAUCUUGAAGUUUAAAAACAUUGAACUCGUAUUCGAUAUAUUUUGAAUGAUUUAUUACAAAAUAGGUACCGUAAGAAGGAUGAUGGUGAUAAUAAUUUGGGCCUGGUGUGGUCACAGAGGUUGGCCGUGUUCUGAGGUCGUGCAUCCGUUGACGUUGCGUCGCUAGUUCCCUGAUGGGUAACCACUCGCGUUUUCAGUGACGAAUUCUCGCCCCACAAACACGUGUUACAAAUCAACCAUACUCUCCUCCACAGUAGGUAACAAUCGACUAAUAACCUUAAUUCAAAAAAUAAUAAUAAUAAUAAUAAUAAUAAUAAUGAAAAUUAUAACGAAAACAUUUCGAGAACAGAACAUAACAUACCACUACUGUGUACAAUUUAGGCAGUCAAUAAUAUAUCAUCUUUAGCAGUUUCGAUGGUAGAAUAGGCGUCAUGUACCGAAAAUACGAUAAUAAUUAUUAUAUUACACACAACACCAAUGAUUAAUAUUCUUAAAACCGUUUCUAUUUAUCGAUUCACACAUUUUUCAUCAAAAUAAUAUUAUUACCUACUUUGAAUGUAUAAAAUAAACUGUAUCAUAAUAUCGAGGCAAAACCGUGUUUAAAAAAAAAAAUUAUCUUGUUCCGAGCUGAAAUUAGGAUGUUCAUCGAUUUUACAGCAUAUGAAAUUAUUACUUUCGUUCGUAAAAGGUAUAGUUCGGGGUUGUAGGUUUAAUCGAUUUUUUUUAAUAAACGAGUGUAUACUAAUAUGAUACAACAUAAUAUGGUAAAUAGCCACGUUGACGUGUGAAAAACACACUUCAUAAUUAUUAUACGGACUGAAAUAUUGUUGAACAAGGCCAGUGGAUGAGUGCAACGGCUUUUAAAUUCAAUUAUAUUACCCAAAAUAAUACUAUUAUUUAAUUGGGCAGAAUGAUAUCGAUAUAAUUAAAUACUUAGGUACAUUUAUACUGAAUUUUUGAAUCGAGUUCAAUGAAAAUUAUAAUUUAUAUUGUUUUGUUCUUCUAAGUUUUGACAGCAAAUACAUUUAACAAUUAAAUUAUAUAUCUCCAAUCAUAUAAGAACUAUCUAAAUACAAGCAGUCAAAUAUUAUUUAAUAUAGUUUAUAGAAAAAUGUCUUUGAUUGCAUACACUACCACCACCCACCUCGCCCAUCUAAACUAUAAACUCCGUCCAUCUCAAACACUUAACCAUAUUAUUAUUUUGAUAUUCUUACAAUUACGACGGACUACUUUUUUAUUUUUAAGAAAGCGCCUCGGUUUUUGCAUAAUAUUAUGUCCAAAUUUCUAAUUAUUAUCCUCCGCGUAAAGUUACAUCGCGCUUAGCAAGCAUACACUGUGGUUAGUGAAUCGACCAAGAAGAGCCCUAUUGUCUGUAUCCACCCAUUUGAACAGUAAUUUUACAUCGAUAUCGAUAGUUUGCGAUUAGGUGGGUAGUACAACAAUAUUUUGUUGCAAAGAUGUCUGAAGAACAAAGCAUAUUGUCUUAAUUUUCAUAUUUUUUUUAUGGUUUAUCAUUUUAUGGCCAUCAUGCUGUCAGUGAAUAUAUUAGUGUUAAGGCUACAAUACCGACGAACAUUUUUUUUUAUUGAAAAUUGUAUUGCCGCCGAGAACAAAUUUAAAGUCGGAUUUUCUGGUCGAAGUAAUUAUUAAAUAAGUAUUACCGAAUAAUCAAACUUGUUUCAUUAUUAGUAUUGCUGUAGAAAUAUAUGAUAAUAUAUAGUCACUUACACUCGACACGGGUGGCGAGAUUCUGAACAAAUGAUACAUAAAAAGUCGAACCUCGUAAUAUUAAACAGGAAAACAGGUACGAAACAAAAAUAUAUUAUUUUAAUGUUAUGGACCAACCCUGCAGCCGGCGGAAAAUUUCCGGCUGAGCGUUUGGUGCGCUCGCAUUAGUGCUGGUGUGUAUAAUUCGACACGACGACGCGCGCGCGUGCAUUAUCGUUUCGCUCAAAACUUUAUAGAUAACACCUACCUUGGUUAUUUAUACCUAUACCCUGGUAUGUACCUACCCAAAUAGACACGGUUUGCAGCCCGAAUAUGGACGCGACGGGUCCAUAAAAAAAAAUGUGCCCUCAGUAAUAUCACUAUCACUAUUACUGUAUGUAUAUGACUGUUAUUAUUAUUAUUAUUAUUAUUAUUACUAUUAUUACUACUAUCGCUGCACCCGAUACGACCAUCGAGAGGGUUGAGAGGGUGUGUAGGUGUAUGUGGGUGUACGUCCGUGAGAAUAAUGCACGAAUACACUACA